UUGUUCAGUAUUUUAGCUCAUUGUUAAUCGUCGUGUUGUUUAAUCGGAUGGCAAUUGAAGCGACAACUAAACACAAAGUUGAAACACUAAAAUGAAUUGACUACAUACAACAACACAAAUAGUAAUAUUAACAACUACGACAGUUGGAAACCAGUUUUUGGAUUGUAUUCAUUCUAAAUAUUAAAAAAAACUGAAUAUGCGAUUAGAUUUCGUUAACCAGCGUCCGUUAAAGGCCCCUCACGAGGCCCCUCGUCGAGCUCUGAUAGCGCAGUUGAACAACGAACGCGACGGCAGCGACAACAACGCGAACAACGCGAACAACACUCGAAAAUCUUGAGUAAUCCCUGUGAUCUUUAAAAGCGGGAUCAACAUGUGGCUGACCUUGUUUUUUGGCGCUCUGAUUUCGCUAUUCAUCUGGGAUUAUUUAAGCAAGCGUCAUAGCUAUCAGAUCCUGAAGAGAUCGGGAAUUACGGGUCCCACCUCGUUGCCCGUGCUCGGCUGUGGCCUUGAGGCUCUACAGUUGGGAGCAGAGAAUCUGAUCGAUUAUGUUGGCUCGUGCUUUGAGAAAUAUGGCAACACCUUUCGCAUGUGGAUACUCAAUGAAUCCCAAGUUUACACCAAGGAUCUGCGGCAUUUUGAGGCCAUAUUGAGCAGCACCAGUCUGCUGGAGAAGGGAGGACUCUAUCAGUUCCUGCGUCCCUUUCUUAACGAUGGUUUGCUUCUGAGUGUGGGCAGAAAAUGGCAUUCACGUCGCAAGAUCUUCACAAAAGCAUUUCACUUUACAAUCCUCGAACAUUUUAUGGAUAUUAUGGAUAAACAGAGCGGUGUUUUGGUGGAGAAACUACAACCAUUCGCGGAUGGAGAACAGGUGGUGGAUAUGUUAAAAUAUGUGUCACUUGCAGCUCUAGACAUAAUCACAGAGACUGCCAUGGGAGUGCAGGUGAAUGCUCAAAACGAUCCCGAAUUUCCCUACAUAAAAGCGCUCAAAAGUGUGGUGUACAUUCAACCAGAUCGCAUGCUGAAAUUCUCCCAGCGUUACGAGUGGCUCUUUCGACUCACUGCACCGCUGAUGCACCACAAGCUGGUGAACGAUAUUCGCAUCAUGCAUGAAUUCACCGACAAGGUCAUCGGAGAGCGAAGAUCGGCCGUGGAGCGUGCUAUAGCCGACGGCAGCUACCGACCAUUGAGUCUGGGGGAUGCAGAGCUGGGCAGCAAGUCACAGAUGGCACUGUUGGAUAUUCUGUUGCAAUCGUCGAUUCAAGGUGCCCCGCUGAGCAAUGCGGACAUACGUGAGGAGGUGGACACAUUCAUGUUCGAGGGCGAUGAUACCACAAGCAGUGGCGUCUCUCAUGCCCUCUAUUGCAUCGCCAGGCAUCCCGCUGUGCAGGCCAAGCUCUAUGAGGAGCUGCAACAGGUGCUGGGCAAAGAUCGAACGGCGCCGGUGAAUCAAGCACAGUUGCAGCAACUCAAGUAUCUGGAGUGUGUCAUCAAGGAGACGAUGCGAUUGUAUCCGCCAGUGCCAGUCAUAGGCAGAUACACCAAGGAAGAUCUGCAGAUUGGCGAUCAGAUUAUACCAGCGAACACCAGCAUCUAUUUGGUCAUCUACUUUGCCCAGCGUGAUCCUAAAUACUUUCCCGAUCCCCUCAGCUUCAAGCCGGAGCGUUUCCUCGAUGACAACGACACCGAACGACAGACAUUCACCUAUGUACCCUUCAGUGCGGGUCCCAAAAACUGCAUUGGCCAAAAGUUUGCCAUGCUGGAGAUGAAAACGCUGAUCAGCAAGGUUCUCAGAUACUACGAACUAUUACCCAAAGGACCUGAGACAAAGGCCAUGUUUAACUUUAUUCUGCGCUCAACAACUGGAAUGUGUGUGGGACUCAAACCGAGAUUAACAUAGAAUACGAGAAGAAGAGAGGAACUUCCUGUGUAAUUAAGGGUGAAUGGCUGGAAACUGCAAUACUAUCGAUAGUAUUAUCGACAAGUGUACUUACUAUCGUCAAACGAAAG